AGGGGCAAGAUGGCUGCCGAGAAGCAGGUCCCGGGUGGCGGCGGCAGCGGCGGCGGCGGCGGCGGCGGUAGCAGUAGCGGUAACAGUGGUGGAGGCGGUGGACGUGGUGCCGGAGGAGAGGAAAAUAAAGAAAACGAACGCCCUUCAGCCGGGCCGAAGGCAAACAAAGAAUUCGGGGAUAGCCUGAGUUUGGAGAUUCUUCAGAUUAUCAAGGAAUCUCAGCAGCAGCAUGGUUUGCGGCAUGAAGAUUUUCAGAGGUACAGGGGUUACUGUUCCCGCAGACAGAGACGUCUUAGGAAAACACUCAACUUCAAAAUGGGGAACAGACACAAAUUCACAGGAAAAAAAAUAACUGAAGAUCUUCUGACUGAUAAUAGAUACUUGCUUCUGGUUCUGAUGGAUGCCGAAAGAGCCUGGAGCUAUGCCAUGCAGCUGAAAGAAGAAGCCCGCACUGAACCCCGAAAACGGUUUCACAUGCUGUCUCGCCUUCGCAAAGCUGUGAAGCAUGCAGAGGAGUUGGAACGCUUGUGUGAGAGCAAUCGUGUGGAUGCCAAGACAAAGUUAGAGGCCCAGGCAUACACAGCUUACCUCUCAGGAAUGCUGCGCUUUGAACACCAAGAGUGGAAAGCUGCCCGAGAGGCCUUUACCAAAUGCACAACUAUCUAUAAGAAGCUUGCCAGUGCUUUCACAGAGGAGCAGGCUGUACUGUAUAAUCAGCGUGUGGAAGAGAUCUCACCCAACAUCCGCUACUGUGAAUAUAAUAUUGGGGACCAGUCAGCUAUCAAUGAACUCAUGCAGAUGAGACUGAGGUCUGGGGGUGCUGAAGGUCUCCUGGCUGAAAAACUAGAGGCCCUGAUCACACAGACUCGAGCCAAGCAGGCAGCUACCAUGAGUGAAGUGGAGUGGAGAGGGAGAACGGUGCCAGUGAAGAUCGACAAAGUGAGGAUCUUUCUCCUAGGCUUGGCUGAUAACGAAGCAGCCAUUGCUCAGGCUGAAAGUGAAGAAACCAAGGAGCGUCUGUUUGAAUCCAUGCUCAGUGAGUGUCGGGACGCCAUCCAGGCCGUGCGGGAGGAGCUCAAGCCAGAUCAGAAACAGAGAGAUUACACCCCUGAGGGGGAGUCAGGGAAGGUAUCUAAUCUUCAGUACCUGCACAGCUACCUGACCUACAUCAAGCUGUCAACGGCAAUCAAGAGAAAUGAGAACAUGGCUAAAGGUCUGCAGAAGGCGCUGCUGCAGCAGCAGCAGCCAGAAGAUGACAAGCGCUCUCCCCGGCCGCAGCACCUGAUCCGGCUCUAUGACAUCAUUCUACAGAACCUGAUGGAAUUACUACAGCUUCCUGGCUUAGAGGACGACAGAACCUUCCAGAGAGAGAUAGGCCUCAAGACCUUGGUGUUCAAAGCUUACAGGUGUUUUUUCAUUGCUCAGUCCUACGUGUUGGUGAAGAAGUGGAGCGAAGCCCUUGUCCUGUACGACAGAGUCCUGAAGUAUGCAGACGAAGUAAACUCUGACUCAGGAGCCUUCAAGAACAGCCUAAAAGACUUGCCUGAUGUGCACGAGCUCAUCACCCAAGUGCGGUCAGAGAAGUGCUCCCUGCAGGCCGCCGCCAUCCUGGAUGCAAACGAUGCCCAUCAAACGGAAACUUCCUCCCAAGUAAAGGACAAUAAGCCUUUGGUUGAACGGUUUGACACCUUCUGCCUGGACCCUUCCCUCGUCACCAAGCAAGCCAACCUCGUGCACUUCCCGCCUGGGUUCCAGCCCAUUCCUUGCAAGCCUUUGUUCUUCGACCUGGCCCUCAAUCACGUGGCCUUCCCACCCCUUGAGGACAAGUUGGAACAGAAGACUAAGAGCGGCCUCACUGGAUAUAUCAAGGGCAUCUUUGGAUUCAGGAGCUAACCAGGCUCUUCCUCGGGCAGGGGAGAUUCUGACUUUUAGCUGUAUUGUGAGAAAGCCCCGGCAAGUUCCAUGCUAUUAAAUCCAGGUCUGCGUUGGCCCAGGGUGGGAGCUCUGCACCCUUAGCCCUGUGUUCCUAUGUCUUGUGUUUGUGCACUUACAUUCUUAACCCACGUGUGGGAAGGCCGCCCCGGUGUCUUUGGGCCCCUGUGUCUGCCCGCUGUGUCUCUCGUACCUCCUGGAGCACCACUGCCGUCUGGUGCCAGGGAGCCAGGGCCAGUUACCUGGUAAGGUGAGGUGCAUUAGGGGCUCUGCAGAGGCACGUGGGGCCGUGGGUGUUUGUCCUGUGUCCUCAGCGUGGGUGUGGAAGGGACUCGCCCAGGAGCCCUCGAAGCUUUGCCCAUGACUAUGAAACAUUGGUGGUGUCACUUCCAAGUUAUGGUCAGCCUUAUCCCCUCAUUUCCAAGUAAACAUUACGUUUCCAAACAAGCAGAGAGCUCUAUUUUUAGAAGAAAUAUGUUACACUCAGAAAUGAUGAAACCAAAUCUUAUAUUAAAAGCAAA